UCUGUGUGCCAGGGAAGAGACUUCCAAGAAAUCAGCUUCACUAAACAGGAAUGCAGAAGUGCAAUUAUAAUAUACUGUUUCAAAUGUUGGAUUUCAUAAAAUUAAUCUUUUUAUUACUGUGAAUUUGAUGUCACAUUCAUAGAGUGAAUCGUCAGAAUCAGAGACAUUUACUUUGAAGGUUCUAGAACAUUCAAAAGCUCUCUAAAUAAUUAAUGUUUAGUCUAGGUGAUCUAGAUACUGUCCAUGCUCUGAUGAAGAGGAUGCUACUUCCUCGGUUAGUAGCCAGUCAGCAUCAGUAAAAGAAACAUGAAGUCUCCGCUUACAGCAUCAUAGAGAGUGGAGCUGACAGUACAACAGCACAGCAAAUGACCUCAGCGUUUCUGCGGCAAAGGAACGUGAGAGUGAGAGAGAGAGAGAGUGAGAGGGGGAGAGAGAAAGUUGGAGUGGUAAUGGGAUGAGACGCUGCUAAUCUUUAACCGGAGACACGGACGGGACUGGACACAGCAUCUGUCCUGGUCUGCGCAAGAUGCUCAACAGAACCGAGGAAACCUAACAGCCGAAAACCCUCUGCUGUUAGGUAAAGAUAGAGAAAAAAUGACUAUCCCUAAAGACAUUCCAGAAAAGUGGUUUCCAAUUGUUCUUCCACUGCAACGGAAGAAACAACAAGGACUUGAUGCCAUUAAAAGGAAAAAGAAGUGGACAGAGGAGGAGAGGAGGGUCCGAGCCAAUGACAGAGAAUACAAUGAGAAGUUCCAGUAUGCGAGCAACUGUAUUAUGACAUCCAAGUACAAUGUCGUCACCUUUCUGCCCGUCAACCUGUUUGAACAGUUCCAGGAAGUGGCCAACACUUACUUCCUCUUUCUGCUCAUACUACAGUUGAUUCCCCAGAUCUCGUCUCUCUCCUGGUUCACCACCAUAGUGCCUUUGGUCCUAGUGCUCAGCAUCACUGCGGUAAAGGAUGCCACCGAUGACUAUUUCCGUCACAAGAGUGACAACCAGGUGAACAACCGCCAGUCUCAGGUCGUCAUCCACGGCUCGCUUCAGAAGGAGAAGUGGAUGAAUGUUCGAGUGGGUGAUAUCAUUAAGCUGGAAAAUAACCAGUUUGUGGCAGCUGACCUGCUCCUUUUGUCCAGUAGUGAACCUCAUAGUCUGUGUUACAUUGAGACUGCCGAACUCGACGGGGAAACCAAUAUGAAGGUACGUCAGUCUCUGUCUGUGACUGCAGAACUGGGAGACCCCAACAACCUGGCCUCAUUUAAUGGUGAGGUGGUGUGUGAGCCACCCAACAACAAGCUGGACAGGUUCUGUGGUCUCCUGUACUGGAGAGAGUGUAAAUACCCCCUCAACAACCAAAACAUGCUGUUACGGGGGUGUGUCCUCCGUAACACAGAAUACUGCUACGGUCUGGUCAUCUUUGCCGGCCCAGACACCAAGUUGAUGCAGAACUGUGGUCGCACCAAGUUUAAGCGGACAAGCAUCGACCGCCUGAUGAACACACUGGUGCUCUGGAUCUUUUGUUUCCUGGUUUGUAUGGGUAUGAUCCUGGCUGUGGGGAAUGCGGUGUGGGAGAGUGAGGUGGGGUCACUGUUCCAGAGCUUCCUGGACUGGGACCUGCCUGUAGACAACUUCCUGUUCUCUGCCUUCCUCUCCUUCUGGUCAUACGUCAUCAUCCUGAAUACCGUGGUGCCCAUCUCACUAUAUGUCAGUGUGGAAGUGAUCAGGCUGGGUCACAGCUACUUCAUCAACUGGGAUCGGAAGAUGUUUUGUACUCAGUGCAGUACAGCAGCUGAAGCCCGGACCACCACACUGAACGAGGAACUGGGUCAGGUGGAGUACAUAUUCAGUGAUAAGACAGGAACCCUGACUCAGAACAUCAUGAGCUUUAACAAGUGCUCUAUCAAUGGACAGGCCUAUGGUGAAGUGAUCAACCCUCCGGGAACACAGCCACAGAGGUUGGACUUCUUGUCCUUCAACCCCCUGGCAGACCCUGACUUCUGUUUCUAUGACAACGCUCUGUUGGAGUCAGUGAAACUUGGAGAUCCGCACAGCCAGGAGUUCUUCCGUCUGCUCUCCCUCUGUCACACUGUCAUGAGCGAGGAGAAGAAGGAGGGAGAGUUGGUGUAUAAGGCCCAGUCUCCAGAUGAGGGGGCGUUGGUGACUGCAGCCAGGAACUUUGGUUUUGUGUUCCGAUCCAGAACCCCCGGUACUGUGACUGUGACAGAACUGGGACGGUCCGUUACUUAUACCCUUCUGGCCAUCCUGGACUUCAACAACAUACGCAAGAGGAUGUCUGUGAUAGUGCGGAACCCAGAGGGGAGGAUUCGCCUGUAUUGUAAAGGAGCUGAUACGCUGCUGUUUGAGAGGCUCCACCCCUCCAACCAUCACCUGAUGAACAUCACAACAGAUCACCUCAAUGAGUGUGCUGGGGAUGGUCUGCGGACUCUGGCCCUGGCCUACAGAGACCUGUCCGAGGAGCAGUGGGAGGAGUGGUCCGAGAGCCACCGUCUUGCAGACAGAUCCACAGAUUGCAGGGAGGACAGACUGGCUGCCACAUAUGAACACAUAGAACAGGACAUGAUGCUCCUGGGUGCCACAGCCAUAGAAGAUAAGCUACAGGAGGGAGUUCCAGAGACCAUUGCCAUCCUCUCUCUCGCUAACAUCAAGAUCUGGGUCCUCACCGGAGACAAGCAGGAGACAGCUGUGAAUAUAGGUUACUCCUGUAAGAUGCUGACCGAUGAUAUGACUGAAGUCUUCAUCAUCAGUGGUUACACUGUGCAGAGUGUACGGGAAGAACUCAGGAGAGCGAGGGAGAGGAUGAUCCAGUUUGCCCAUACGAGAGAGGAAGGGAAGGAGGGGGGUGUAGAGGAAUGGGGGGAGGCCUGUUCUCUGGGUAAUGGGUUUAGUGGAGGAGGGGGAGAUAUGGGAGGAGGGAGAGAAUGGCCAUCUGUGGAGGAGAAACAGCAGCAGUGCCCCCCUCCCCCUGGCCCCCCCUCCUCCACCACACUAGACUCCAUAUCUGGAGAGUUUGCCCUCGUCAUCAACGGACACAGUCUGGCUCAUGCGUUGGAGGCUGACAUGGAGGGGGAGUUUGUGUCGACUGCUUGUGCCUGCAGGGCAGUAAUCUGCUGCCGGGUGACGCCCCUACAGAAAGCCCUGGUGGUGGAGGUCAUCAAAAAACACAAGAAGGCAGUCACACUGGCCAUAGGAGACGGGGCAAACGAUGUUAGCAUGAUCAAGACGGCUCAUAUAGGAGUAGGUAUCAGUGGUCAGGAGGGCAUCCAGGCUGUGCUGGCAUCUGACUACUCCUUCUCCCAGUUCCGCUUCCUCCAGCGCCUGCUCCUGGUCCACGGCCGCUGGUCCUACCUCCGCAUGUGUCGCUUCCUCUGUUACUUCUUCUACAAGAACUUCGCCUUCACCAUGGUGCACUUCUGGUUUGGCUUCUUCUGUGGCUUCUCUGCCCAGACGGUGUAUGACCAGUACUUCAUCACUCUCUACAACAUCGUCUACACCUCCCUACCAGUGCUGGCCAUGGGAAUAUUUGACCAGGACGUCCCGGAGCAGCGUAGUCUGGAAUACCCCAAGCUGUACGAGCCAGGUCAACUCAACCUGCUGUUCAACAAAAGAGAAUUCUUCAUCUGUAUAGCUCAGGGCAUCUACACCAGCAUUGUGCUGUUCUUCGUACCCUACGCCGUGCUGUCCCAGGCCUCACAGGGCACCGGUGAACCCCUCGCUGACUACCAGACCUUCGCAGUUACAACGGCCACUGCCCUCGUCAUCGUCGUCAGCGUGCAGAUUGCCCUGGACACGGGCUACUGGACUGCCAUCAAUCAUUUCUUUGUGUGGGGCUCGUUGGGCACCUUCUUCAGCAUCAUGCUGGCCAUGCACAGCGAAUCUCUGUUCAGCAUCUUCCCCAAGCAGUUCCACUUCGUGGGCAGUUCCCAGAGCACUCUGGUCCAGCCGCUUGUCUGGCUUACCAUCGCCUUGGCUACGGUCAUCUGUAUCGUUCCAGUUCUGGCUUUCCGCUUCCUCAAACUGGACCUGAAACCCCAGCUAUCUGACACCGUACGUCACACCCAGCUGGUGCGUCAGAAGAAGCGGAAGCCAGCCGGACGGGGCAUGGGAGGUGUCAGGGGUGGGGUUGGGGGCAUGUCUGAGGGACGUCUGGGGAUGAGGGGCGGGUCCAGGAGAUCGGGUUAUGCCUUUGCCCACCAGGAGGGCUUUGGGGAGCUCAUUACCUCUGGGAAGAACAUGAGGCUGUCUUCUUUGGCGCUGGCCAACUUCGCCUCCAGACACAGCUCCAGCUGGAUUGACACGCUGCGCAAGAAGAAGCACUCCACCACACACCCCCCGCAGAGCGCCUCAGGAGAGAGCAGCCCCGCACCCAGUUACGUGUCCGGAUCGGCUCCCCCUCUGUCCAAUUCGUCCUCACUCCUAGGAGGGUCCCAAGACACGCCCCUCGAGGAGGGAACACACACGCCGCCUGUUUCACUCCCACAGACUGCCCCUGCCCAGGCAUUGGCCGGCGGCGCUCUCACCCCCACCUCCGUGAGGAGUCCCGGGGGAGACUCGACUGGUGGCUGGACACUCAGUCUGGGAGCAGUACAGGAGGCUCUGAUUGGUUGGAGGGGUGUCGCUGCUCGCAUCAGUGGAACGAACAGCCCGGGACCACCCCUUAAUUCCAAGGAAACCAACCAGACAGUGAGAGAUGGACAGGCAGAUGGACGGACAUAGAGAGAUGAAAAGCUGUCACGUUUCACUGGAUUCUCUCGGAUUACUUGAAGACUACUGAAUGUGGAAUGCUGAGCUUGGGCUGUUUGGAAUGGUACUGUCCCUGAUAUUGGAAGAGAACCAGAAUUCCCCUUGCACGCUGGACACACACACACCUGGAUCAACGCAUCAUUUCAUUUGUAGGACACUGUUAUUUAUAUAUCUGUACGUCGGAGCCAUUAUGUGUCCACCAACAGUCACGCAGAAGCUACCCACAACUCACUUCUCUGUCUUUCUCAACCAAUAAGACAGACUGGAAAAAAAUGUUUCUUCAUGUAAAUUAUGAAACCAUCUGCUGAGAACCUUGGUUCCACAGAACCAAUGAGAGAAACCAGACAAACACCCCACUGUGGGCCAGACAUGUCGAUGAUGUUUACUGUUUGUCGGUAUAUGUCAUAACUUUAGCCCUAUGUUGUAGUUGAUCAUGUCACAUGACCUGGCUCUUAGGUCUCAUUUCAAGCCUUUUCCAGAAAGGAGAAUUACAUAACUCUGUAGUUUUCUGAGACUAGAAUAGGGGAAUGUUUUAUGGCCAUGUGGCCUGAUCGAAAAGGUUAUUGGUGAUUGCGUGUGUCACAGGAUGAAAUAGCACAAAAGUUUUUUUUAUAUAGUCAGCUGUUCAUCUGAUCUGACAUAGUACUCUAAUAUAAAUCCUUAAAAAUGCCUCUGUCAAAAGUCACUCAACAGUGAUCACAGUAUAAACAAAUGCAGUGUAAACCAAUGCAGUGUUAACUACUAAUGCAGUGUAAACCAAUGUAGUGUUAACCACCAGUACAGUAGCCAGUAAGGUUGUAGACUUUUUCCUGAUACCUGUGUAGUAUUUCUGAAAUGAGGAAUAUCUCUAGAAACUGUAUUCCUACUCACUAGUUCACCGCACCCAAAGGCUUAGUCAAAGCAGACAGUAUUUACAUAUUGCAUAAUUCUACAACCUUAACAUUCCGUCGGUCUCACUGUCGUUCUCUCUCACUGACCAUUCAGAUCAGUGUGUUAUGAUAGGAAGGUCCAGACAAUAAUUUGGCCAGAUAUUGAGGGGUUCAGUCAGCCAGCCAAUGUCUGAAUAAUGCAUAAUGCCCUACAUACUGGUGUACUAUACUGUUUGUGGUCAUUAGAUUAUGUUGAGAGUGUCUGUGUUCACUAUUAGUUCUCAAUGAGAACGAUCUUCAACUUUACGGGAAUACAGGACACAGCAACGCUACUCUUCUUCAUCUUCAUCCUCCACUGCACCAUAUUGGUGCACAUGCUACAUGCCCACAGACAGAACUCCAGCUAUGUUUCAGACACUGAGUGAAACCAGUUCACAUAGGCGGGGGAGGAGACGGGCUCGCCUGCACAUAUCUCUUGCUUCGGGUGGGGACUAUGAUUGUCCCCACCUUGGGACAAUCGUUGUGAUUUUCUAAAGUGUGUCUUUAUAGCAAGACACAUCAUUAAUCCAAGUUGGACUGUUUCUGAGAUAUCACUGAUUAGCGAUGUUACAGGUGGAUCCAUUUUAUUGUGGUGGACAAUAAGAUCUUCAAGGCCUUCAUGUUACUUUGGAGCAGUGUGGGAAAGUAUGCUGAAUGAUGUAUGUUUCUUAGUCAUACAUUCAUACAUGUAGUUAGCUAGAGAUUGAGCUGAUCUGGUAGCAGGAAAAGCCUAAUUUAAAUUUGUGAAUUUAGGGAGAAAUCUGGGGAUACUUUAAGCCAUAAUUACUGUUUAAUGAUGAUCAACCCACUCAAUCCCUUCUCUAGCCAUAAAUUGUGUACAGUAGCUGAUUUCUGCUAUAGAGAAUGUAUCCAAGACGUCCUUCAAAACAACUGUAGUGAUUAAUUCCCUUUCACCCUUUAUAUAGAGCUCUGGUUAGAAAGCUAUAUGGUUGAGUCAGCACACCAUGUCCACGAAAGACUGGUCCUGGAUGUGGAGGGCUGAAACCCCUGGCAAUAAGAGAGUAAUGGAGUGCUGGAAUUAGGACAGAACAGACCAAGGGAAAUGGCUCCUAAUAGUUUUUACUACUUCCGUGUUAUCACCUCAUACAAUAUUGUACUUCAAAUACUGGGUAUUUCUGGCACCCAAGCAAAGCACCUAUUUGAAACCGCUUCAGGCACUUCUGUUAGAAAUGUAUGUUGUUGUUGGUUUCCAUGGAGAUGUUUGCUUAAACAUGCUGGGUCAUCUGUUCCAGAAGGUUGUUUAGAUAUUCUGUCCAGGGCCUCGUAUCUAGUGUAAUUGGCUGUUUGGAACAGGUCAAUAAAGUAUCAACAUGUCAACCCUC